ACUUGGCAGCCCUGCGCCCCCGGGAAGAAGAACCGUUUCCCCGAGCGCACUCCGCGGCCCUCCCCCCUCGGCCCUCCCCUCCCCCUGCCUGCUCUCCCGGGGGAGGGGGGCUGUCGCCUCGGAUUGAAGGCCAUUGAUUUGUAUGCAUUUGUCCCAGCCCGGGAGGCUGCCCCAGCCGCCCGCGCCCGAGCCGCCGCCGCCGCCGCCAGCGGAGUCGCCUCCCUGCUUCCCUAGGGUGGUUCGGCUCCGCCAAACAUGUCGGCUCCGCUCGGGCCCCGGGGCCGCCCGGCUCCCACCCCGGCGGCCUCUCAGCCUCCUCCGCAGCCCGAGAUGCCGGACCUCAGCCACCUCACGGAAGAGGAGAGGAAAAUCAUCCUGGCCGUCAUGGAUCGCCAGAAGAAAGAAGAGGAGAAGGAGCAGUCCGUGCUCAAAAAGCUGCAUCAGCAAUUUGAAAUGUAUAAGGAGCAAGUCAAGAAGAUGGGAGAGGAAUCGCAGCAGCAGCAAGAGCAGAAGGGUGAUGCCCCGACCUGUGGCAUCUGUCACAAGACAAAAUUUGCAGAUGGAUGUGGCCAUAAUUGUUCCUAUUGCCAAACCAAGUUCUGUGCUCGAUGUGGAGGUCGAGUGUCAUUACGCUCAAACAAGGAGGACAAAGUGGUUAUGUGGGUGUGUAAUUUGUGCCGAAAACAACAGGAAAUCCUCACUAAAUCAGGAGCAUGGUUUUAUAAUAGUGGGUCUAAUACACUGCAGCAGCCUGAUCAAAAGGUUCUUCGAGGGCUUCGAAAUGAGGAAGCCCCUCAGGAGAAGAAAGCAAAACUGCAUGAGCAGCCCCAGUUCCAAGGACCCUCAGGUGACUUAUCGGUACCUGCGGCUGAGAAAGGCCGAGCCCAUGGGCUCACAAGACAGGAUUCUAUUAAAAAUGGAUCAGGAGUGAAGCACCAGAUUGCCAGUGACAUGCCUUCAGACAGAAAAAGAAGUCCAUCAGUGUCCAGAGAUCAAAAUCGAAGAUACGAGCAAAGUGAAGAGAGAGAGGACUACUCACAGUAUGUUCCUUCAGAUGGCACAAUGCCUAGAUCUCCGUCAGAUUAUGCUGAUAGACGGUCUCAACGUGAACCUCAAUUUUAUGAAGAACCUGGUCAUUUAAAUUAUAGGGAUUCUAACAGGCGAGGCCAUAGACAUUCCAAAGAGUAUAUUGUAGAUGAUGAAGAUGUGGAGAGCAGAGAUGAAUAUGAAAGACAAAGGAGAGAGGAGGAAUACCAGGCCCGCUACAGAAGUGAUCCAAAUUUGGCCCGGUAUCCCGUAAAGCCACAACCCUACGAAGAACAAAUGCGGAUCCACGCUGAGGUGUCCCGGGCACGACAUGAGAGAAGGCACAGUGAUGUUUCUUUGGCAAAUGCUGAACUAGAAGAUUCCAGGAUUUCUCUGCUAAGGAUGGAUAGACCAUCAAGGCAAAGAUCUGUAUCUGAACGUAGAGCCGCAAUGGAAAACCAACGAUCGUAUUCAAUGGAAAGAACUCGAGAGGCUCAGGGACAAAGUUCUUACCCACAAAGGACCUCAAACCAUAGUCCUCCUACCCCUCGGCGGAGCCCUAUACCGCUUGAUAGGCCAGACUUGAGGCGCGCUGACUCCCUAAGGAAACAACACCACUUAGAUCCCAGCUCUGCUGUGAGGAAAACGAAGCGAGAAAAAAUGGAAACCAUGUUAAGGAAUGAUUCUUUGAGUUCAGACCAGUCCGAGUCAGUGAGGCCGCCCCCACCAAGGCCUCAUAAAUCCAAGAAAGGAGGUAAAAUGCGCCAGGUUUCACUGAGCAGCUCGGAGGAGGAGUUGGCAUCCACACCUGAGUAUACAAGCUGUGAUGAUGUGGAGCUCGAGAGCGAAAGCGUGAGUGAGAAAGAACUUUUUCCGUGCCUAUUAUUUAGAAGGUGUUGGAUUGGAUCCAGUGGAGAAUGUAGAGGGGACAGUCAAAAGGGAAAAAGAAAAACUAGUGAGCAGGGAGUUUUGUCGGAUUCUAACACCAGGUCUGAGAGACAAAAGAAAAUGAUGUACUAUGGUGGCCACUCUUUGGAAGAGGAUUUGGAAUGGUCUGAGCCUCAGAUUAAGGAUUCUGGGGUAGAUACCUGUAGUAGCACAACUCUUAACGAGGAGCAUAGCCGCAGUGCUAAGCAUCCUGUGACCUGGCAGCCAUCCAAAGAUGGAGAUCGCCUAAUUGGUCGUAUUUUAUUAAAUAAGCGUUUAAAAGAUGGGAGUGUACCUCGUGACUCAGGAGCAAUGCUGGGCUUAAAGGUUGUAGGAGGAAAGAUGACUGAAUCAGGUCGACUUUGUGCAUUUAUUACCAAAGUAAAAAAAGGAAGUUUAGCUGAUACUGUAGGACAUCUUAGACCAGGUGAUGAAGUCUUGGAAUGGAAUGGGAGGCUAUUGCAAGGAGCCACAUUUGAGGAAGUUUACAACAUUAUUCUAGAAUCCAAACCUGAACCACAAGUUGAGCUUGUUGUUUCAAGGCCAAUUGGAGAUAUUCCUAGAAUACCUGAUAGCACGCAUGCACAACUGGAAUCCAGUUCUAGCUCAUUUGAAUCUCAAAAAAUGGAUCGUCCUUCUAUAUCCGUUACCUCACCCAUGAGUCCUGGCAUGCUGAGGGAUGUCCCGCAGUUCUUAUCUGGACAGCUUUCAAGCCAAAGCCUUAGUAGAAGAACAACGCCUUUUGUUCCUAGGGUUCAGAUAAAACUCUGGUUUGACAAGGUCGGUCACCAGUUGAUAGUCACAAUUUUGGGAGCAAAGGAUCUCCCUUCCAGGGAAGAUGGGAGGCCAAGGAAUCCUUAUGUGAAAAUUUACUUCCUUCCAGAUAGAAGUGAUAAAAAUAAGAGAAGAACAAAAACAGUCAAGAAAACCUUGGAACCCAAAUGGAACCAGACUUUCAUUUAUUCUCCUGUCCACCGAAGAGAAUUCCGGGAACGAAUGCUCGAAAUUACCCUUUGGGAUCAAGCUAGAGUUCGAGAAGAAGAGAGUGAAUUCUUAGGAGAGAUUUUAAUUGAAUUGGAAACAGCUCUGCUAGACGAUGAGCCGCACUGGUAUAAGCUGCAGACCCAUGACGUCUCAUCAUUGCCACUCCCUCGCCCUUCCCCAUAUCUGCCCAGGAGGCAGCUCCAUGGAGAGAGCCCAACACGAAGACUGCAAAAUAAAGCCUUAUGUUCAUAUAAUUCAGGGUCGAAGAGAAUAAGUGACAGCGAAGUGUCUGACUACGACUGUGAGGACGGCGUAGGAGUGGUGUCAGAUUAUCGACACAAUGGCCGUGAUCUUCAAAGCUCCACAUUAUCAGUGCCAGAACAAGUCAUGUCAUCAAACCAUUGCUCACCAUCAGGGUCUCCUCAUCGAGUAGAUGUUAUAGGGAGGACAAGGUCAUGGUCGCCUAGUGUCCCUCCUCCUCAAAGGAAUGUGGAACCGGGGCUCCGAGGGACACGUGCUACUGGCCAUUACAAUACAAUUAGCCGAAUGGACAGACACCGUGUCAUGGAUGAUCACUACUCUUCAGAUAGAGACAGUCACUUUCUUACUCUACCUCGUUCCCGACACAGUCAGACCAUUGACCAUCAUCACAGGGAUAGAAGGGAUUGUGAAGCAGCAGAUAGACAGCCAUAUCACAGAUCCAGAUCAACAGAACAACGGCCUCUCCUAGAGCGGACCAGCACCCGCUCCAGAUCCUCUGAACGUCCUGAUACAAACCUCAUGAGGUCGAUGCCUUCAUUAAUGACUGGAAGAUCUGCCCCUCCUUCACCUGCCUUAUCGAGGUCUCACCCUCGUACCGGGUCUGUCCAGACAAGUCCAUCAAGUACUCCAGGAACAGGACGAAGGGGCCGACAGCUUCCACAGCUUCCACCAAAGGGAACAUUGGAGAGAAAAGAUGUGGACUCCACAAGGAAAAGCAAUGCAGGUGCUAUGGAUAUAGAGGAGAGAAAUCGCCAAAUGAAACUUAACAAAUACAAACAGGUAGCCGGAUCAGAUCCCAGACUGGAACAAGAUUACCAUUCGAAGUAUCGCUCAGGAUGGGAUCCACAUAGAGGGGCAGAUACUGUUUCCACUAAAUCCUCGGACAGUGAUGUAAGUGAUGUAUCUGCGGUUUCAAGGACUAGUAGUGCUUCUCGUUUCAGCAGCACAAGCUACAUGUCCGUCCAAUCAGAGCGGCCAAGAGGAAACAGGAAAAUCAGUUUCAGCCCUCUUGUGCAGGACCAUGGAACACAGACACCAGUUCAGCCCCCACUCAUUCCCUUGGGACCUGACAUCAAUGUCUUUACAUCCAAAAUGCAAAACAGACAGAUGGGCGUGUCAGGGAAGACCAUGACCAAAAGCACCAGCAUCAGUGGAGACAUGUGCUCACUGGAGAAGAAUGAUGGCAGCCAGUCCGACACUGCAGUGGGCGCCCUGGGUACCAGUGGCAAGAAGCGGCGAUCUAGCAUUGGGGCCAAAAUGGUAGCUAUUGUUGGUCUCUCACGGAAAAGUCGCAGUGCCUCUCAACUCAGCCAAACCGAAGGAGGAGGUAAAAAGCUACGGAGCACUGUCCAGAGAAGCACGGAGACGGGGCUAGCAGUGGAGAUGAGGAACUGGAUGACGCGCCAGGCCAGCCGGGAAUCCACGGAUGGCAGCAUGAAUAGCUACAGCUCGGAAGGAAAUCUGAUCUUCCCUGGGGUCCGCCUGGCCUCUGACAGCCAGUUCAGUGAUUUCCUGGAUGGCCUGGGCCCUGCUCAGCUAGUGGGACGCCAGACCCUGGCUACUCCUGCAAUGGGUGACAUUCAGGUGGGAAUGAUGGAUAAAAAGGGACAGCUGGAGGUAGAAAUCAUCCGGGCACGAGGCCUUGUGGUAAAACCAGGUUCCAAGACACUGCCAGCACCGUAUGUCAAGGUGUAUCUAUUAGACAACGGAGUCUGCAUAGCCAAAAAGAAAACCAAGGUGGCGAGAAAGACCCUGGAGCCCCUGUAUCAGCAGCUCUUAUCCUUCGAGGAGAGCCCCCAGGGAAAGGUGUUACAGAUCAUUGUCUGGGGAGAUUAUGGUCGUAUGGAUCACAAAUCCUUUAUGGGAGUGGCCCAGAUACUCUUAGAUGAACUGGAACUAUCCAACAUGGUGAUUGGAUGGUUCAAACUCUUCCCCCCUUCCUCCCUAGUAGAUCCGACCUUGGCGCCUCUGACAAGAAGAGCUUCCCAGUCGUCUCUGGAAAGUUCUACCGGACCUUCUUACUCUCGUUCAUAGCAACUAUAAAACUGCUGUCACAACAACCAGCGAUACAAAAAACAAACAAACAAACAAACAAACAAACAGAAGAAAAUGCACAGGUGGAAACCCCUGGUAACACUGCAUGCUUGAUGUUGUGUCUGCGGAGCCCACAUCUAGGGAUACAAAGCAGUCCUGUGUUCUCAGAGGAAGUCGUACACAUUGUGCCCUAGCAAAGGCCCUCAGGUGAAAGAGCAGAGCUGUGAAGAACUAUCUAUCAGGUUUGGAGUUCAAUGACACUCGAGUUUUGGUCCAAUCUGAAGCCAUGGAUUAAUCUUAAAGAAUCAGUCAGCCCUUUUCAAUGGCACCUUUAUAUUUUUAUCAAUUUUCUUCAUUUAUCUGACCCCAAAGCCCUGUUAUGCCACAGAAAUGGAGCUCUACAGCCAUUAAGCCACAUUACAGGCCAAGGAGCAAAGACCUAGGAAGCAUCAGGUGAAAAGCAAGAGACCAAAGAAGUGGUCAGGAGCAGAGUCAGCCACCAUUCCUGGAGGGCUGCAGCAGGGAGAGCUGCGGCCAGAGAGAGCUGCAGCAGGGAGAGCUGCAACAGGGAGGGCUGCAGCAGGGAGGGCUGCAGCAGGGAGGGCUGCGGCAGAGAGGGCUGCAGCAGGGAGAGUGCCCACCCUCUGCCCGCUGCUCCAGCAGGGAGGGAGGGAGGCACGUCAUUCACUAAUGCCGAGAUGUACUGGACUCUGAAAAUCAAAAUUCUGUGACUGCACUGUACUGAAUGAAAUUAAAGAAACUUUUUUUGCAUGGACACAGAUUAGCUGAAUAUUUAAAUUAUUUUCUCGGGGCUGCAACUUGCAAAAAAAAAAAAGAAUAAAAAUCAGCCAUUUUCAACAAUUUAUAUUAUUUUUAAAAAUAAAUUUCACUAGUGCAUGGUUUUACAAUGGAAGAGAAUGCAACAGGGUGGUACAAAGACACACCGUGCUUAUUCUUUCAUCAGAGUCUGUGUUUUGGCAGACAGUACAAAUGAAAAUACUUUCUAGCAGAUACUUAAAAUUCUCUUUAUGUGACAAUAAGUAUAAUAUAUUCAAUUUAUUUCCAUGUUAAAUAUACAGAUCUUAUGAUGUUCAAUAUGUGCAAAUUUUUCACAUCCUUCUCCCUCUUGUCUGUCUCUUUUCUUCUCCCUCUUUUAACUUCUUCUUUCCUUUCUCCCGUCCUCAGUAAGUCUUACUCGGCACCACAAGUCUGACCCAACCCUCUUAUAUCCCAGAUUGGAUCCAGAGCCAUAGAUGCAUCUGAAUUCAUGGGUUUCUCAAAUCUGUUCGAGAGCUUUCUUUAUUUCAAGCAUGUUGAAGGAUUUUGCAACAUGACUUGGGACAUAAAGCAAGUUAGCACGCAUUUGACAAAGAAGAUAUCUGAACAUUUGCAGUUUAUUGUACAGUGCAUGGUAAUUUUUUUCACCUUAAAGAUUCAGUUUACAAGAAAAUUCUCAAACCACAUGGCAUUGUAAUGUCUAACAAAUUUGUUUUUAGCACCAGCAUUAGUCAUACAGGCAGUUAAGUAUUAUUUGUAGGUCUUAGGUUUUGUUUGUUUGUUAAUUUGGUAAAGCAGUUUCUUUAGCUGAUUUCCAUUUACUAUGUGAAUAGAAACACUGCUCAACAUGUGGAGCCCUGAAAUACAGGGCUGUUUAUUAAUUCAUUUUUCUGUAGGAAAAUUCAAUUUUUCACAAAUUAUAUUUCUAAAGAAAUAUAGUAAACAUAAAUUUGCAACAAUUUUAAAGCUCCAAUUUUUAGGUGACUCAAGGAAAAGUCAAUAGUUAUUUGAUGCCAUCACCAAAAAUCUACAUCCCUUAGUUAAACCCACCUUUGGUUUACAGGCAGUUCUUACCACUGGGUAGCGCUGCAAGGUCCAAUUUCUGUCAAGGUCCCCAAUCAACAGGAAAUGUCACUGGUCAAUGUAAUAAACCACCCAUCCCUUCUGUUUCUUACCACAUGCUUUGAUUACACAUCCUUGGAGAUUUGGAGAUUGGUUUUAACUUCUUGCAAUAAUUUUUGAAAUCCAUCUACAUCCCAUUUGUUUAAAUGGAGGCCAUACACACACACACACACACACACACACACACAAACACAAAUAUUUUCUUUGUUUCUCUUUUUAUUCAAUGCUGACCAUUGAAAACUGUCAUGCUUGAUAUGGUGCAAAAGUUAAAAUGAGCUAUCACUCAAAAUGCCUUCUCCUAAUGUGGUGCAACAUGAACUACACCAAGACUAUGUCUUGAUUUUCUGAGACCUAAGAUGGAUCUAGCCGAGGGAAUGAGAAGAAGGAACACAAUUUAAUUGAAAUAAUUUAGACACCUGUGUACCAGCAACAAUUUGGUUUAAUAGACCUGUAGUGUCUAUGCUCGCCCUUAGAGUAGACCAUUUUCCUGACACUAAGAUGCAGUCACCUUUCUGCAUAUUCCUGUACACAUUAUUCCUCAUUUUAAUAAGAAGGACAUGACUGUGGAAUAUUUGUACAUACUUGUCAUUACUCAGUAUUUAUUUAAAAGUUGGUGUACUUUUUUUUUAAUUUUCACAUGUCUGCACCUCAACUUGUGGUUAAGUCAUGUAAAUAGCACUCCAGUGACCAUUGCUGCCCUGUACAUAGAAUGUUUUCAAGUAAAGGGAAUUCCAGUUGGGGAAGAGUGGGGGGAGGGCAGAUUAGUCCUGUAAUAAACACCAACUGAUGUAAAUCAAAUUCA